AUGCGCAUCACUCUCAUUGUUGACGGAAUAUUGCUGUUUUGGGAAGCAGUUGUAUUCAAGAUGACUAAUGCGGUCUGUGAGAGCUACAACAAAUCAUGGAUUGUCAUAAACAAAUGUCGCCUACGGGCUAUUAACCGUCACAAGACAACUUAUAAUUUUAAUGCAACUUUUCUUCAUCCAGUUCGUACCAUGUCACUUCGAAUGGAAGUUUUUCAGAAGGCUAAUGGGUACAAGCCAUGGUUGUUUAAUGUGACAAUUGAUCUAUGUCGAUUUUUAAGAAAGCCAUUCAAUCCAUUUGCAAUUAUGGUUUUUAAAGUUUUUGUGGAAUUUACCAACUUAAACCACACAUGUCCCUACAUGGCAAGUAUUACAUUAUGA